AUGGCGCUCCUGCCAGAUCAUCUACGGCCUUCACUCAGGGAUAGGCGCAGACACCAGAUGGAUGCAGACCGGCGCAAGGCACUCAUCCUCAGCUAUCUACCCGAUUGGCUCCUCACCAUCGUCCUCUGGAUCGUCUUCUAUCUCAUCGACAAUGCGCAUGGCUACUUUCGCGAAUUCGAUCUUACCGAUGGCUCGAUACAGCACACAUACGCCGUGCAUGAGCGUGUGCCCGUCUGGGCUCUGGCGAUCAUUGGCGCUAUUGCGCCAUUGGUCAUCAUGGCUGCUAUCUCGCUUGGACUCAUCGGCUCGUUCUGGGAUUUCCAUAACGCUGUCCUGGGUCUCGUGCUAUCGCUUGCAUUAUCGACGACUGUGACCGACACCAUCAAGAUCACUGUCGGAAGACCGAGGCCUGAUCUCAUCGAUCGAUGUCAGCCCAUGGCAGGCGCAGCCAACGCGUCUCCCUAUGGUCUCGCGACAUCUGCCAUUUGCACACAGACCGACUUUCACACGCUUCGUGACGGGUUCAGGAGCUUCCCGUCCGGUCAUUCCAGCUUCGCCUUUGCCGGACUGGGCUUCUUAGCGUUGUACUUGGGCGGCAAGCUUCACAUUUCCGAUCGUCAGGGCUUCACUGCCAAGACGUGGAUCUGUGUCGUCCCACUUCUUGCCGCAGCCCUUGUCGCAGUCAGUCGUACGAUGGACUACCGACAUCACUCGACAGAUGUCAUUGCUGGCGCCAUACUCGGCUACAUCACCGCCUGGGUCUCUUACCGGCAAUAUUAUCCGGCGAUCUACUCCCAAGACUGUCACAAGCCUUACUCGCCCAGAUUGCUAGAGGACAUGUCGAGCCUUGUGACGGAGCCGAACGGACAUGAUGCCCAGUUCCACGUCUUGCCACUACACAGUACAUCAUCACAAGAUGAGAACGCAAGUGUCCAUCCUGCUCAGAAAUAGCAGCACAAGCAAGCUAUCUGGCUUGCUGUACAUGCACCCUGCAUGCCGAUAAUUCCAGCUGUGCCCUGUUCCGACUCUUAUGCAAUGCGACAUGUAUGCUACCAGAUCGUGCAUGGAUUUUUGCGGACCAUCGGCGAAUCGGCCGGACAGUUGAAUGCUUUCCUGAAUUCCAUCGAGUUCUGCAGCGGCCCGAUAACUCGAUAGUAUGGCGGCGAGUGUGGAUCGCUCCUGAUCCUCCGCACUCUUUCUGCAGCGCGUGCAUGGUUGCGCCAGGAAGCACUGUACGAGAGAAAGAAGAGCUGCUCGCGCGUGUAAUUCAGGCCGGGCAGUUUGAAGUUGGCAUACUUUUUGCCGUCAGGAUCAGACUCGAAGCGAGACUUCC